UGUAGUUUCCUGACUCUGUCUGCUGGCCAGGCUGAUCAGAAAGCAGCAUGGAGGCCCCUGGGAGAAGUGACCUGCUGAGGAAGCUGAAAGCCCUGGGUAAGGAGGAGUUGGAGGGAUUCAAGGAUAAGCUGAGUGAAGUCCUGCUGGAGGGGGGAUCUGAGCCCAUCCCCAAAACACCAGCUGACCCUGCAGCACUAACUGACCUGCUUCUCAGGCACUGCAGAGGGGAUUCGAAAGCGGUUCUGAAAGUCCUGGAAGAUGUUGAAGCCAGACUCCAGAAAGUCUCUCCCACAGCUUCGAGCCAUCCACAACAAGAGCGGAAGCCGUCCACUUGCACUAAAGCAGGCAAUUCAGGACCAAAGAGCCAGUUCACGCAGUCAGGCAAUGAGAUUCCCCCUGGUGAAGGAGGAACGCUAGCAUCUGCAAUUGCCUUCAUGAAGAGGUAUCUUUCCUUCACUGGCUCCAAGGCCGAAGCUAUGGGAAAACAAAGCAGGAAGGAGGAUCCCACUUGGGAUAACUGGAGAACGGACAAAUGCAAACUGUGUCCCAGGGAGGAGGAUCCUUCAGAAGAAAUAAGUCCAGAGAUUAUUCGGGGGCCAGAUGGGAACCAGGAGACGUACAGGGUUCACCUCCCUGGGGCAGGCUCCUUCCAUUGCUCUGAAACCAAACUGGGGCUUGAGGUAAGGGCAGCAGUGACUGUCCAGUACCGAUACGGCUUCUGGGAUCAGCAUCUGAGUGUAUGGAGCACUCCUAAAUGGAUGAUCGCUGGCCCUUUAUUCAGCAUCCAGGCAGAACCGGCUGGGGCCGUGGCAGCCAUUCACCUCCCGCACUUCCUGUGUCUCAGAGGGGCUGACACCUCCUGGAUGCAAAUCGCCCAUUUCAUCGAGGAAGGGAUGACCCUGGAGAAGCCAAUGCAAGUGAGGCCGUUCCACGCUGUGCUGGAGAACCCCAGCUUCUCUCUGUAUGGAGUGGUCUGGGGGAAUCGCUCCAAACCACCAAUUCUGAUCCACUCCAUUGUGCUGCUCUACUGGGCACUCAAGAUGGCAAAGACGACUCUUCACCUCUACAUCAUCCCUAACGACCACUCCCGGUUCAAGGCCGUUGAUGACUAUGAAAAGCAGUGCCCAUCAAGGCUGGUGUCGACAUCUCUUCAGACCCAUAAGCCCCUGACCUUUGAUUCUUGUUACAUUGUGUCCAGUCACGCAAACAUAGAGGUGACACCCAAGGAGUUGGAGUUUUGUAACAUCCAAGCAGAGUGUCUGCAGUCAUAUAUGGAAAUCUACACUAAGGACAUUCAGGGAGGACUGGAGUUCAGCUUGGUAGAGAAAAUCAACAAGGAGCCAAUCUGGGAGGCACAUGUGAAACCAGAGGAUGCAACGCUUUCUGUUUCAUCUGUCCAAACUCAAACAGAUGAGCAUUUUGUCAGCCAGCACCGAGAACAGCUGAUCCAGCGGGUGAUGGCAGUGGAUGGCAUCCUGGAUUCAUUGUGUGGCUCUGUUCUGGACCUGGAGCAAAUCCAGAGCAUCAGAGCAGAGAGAUCCAGCAUGGAGAAGAUGAGGAAGCUGUAUGAGCUGGUGCCUAAAUGGGACAAUGACUGCAAGGACCGGCUCUACCAGGCACUGAAGGAGAAACACAGACCCCUAGUGGAAGAGCUUGAGGGGAUAUAGAUUGUCCCUUGGGGACAGCAACAUUCUAGUGGGGGGACAGGAUGUGCUUCAAGAUCUCUUCCCAAUUCCAAAUGACCAGCCCACCAGCCGGGGUCCAUAACCCAUAACAGUGUCAGUCAGGUGAUGGUCUUGUGCUUCUUAACAGUCCCAGCUUAUUGUGCUAGGUGAAUAUUUGUCUCGUGACGAGAACAGCUUGGGGUGUGGGGAGUGAGGAUUCCUGGCUCUGGAAGGGGAGUGGGGUUUAAUGUUUGGUGAAGGGGCAGGGCUGGGAGUCAGGUUGCCUGGGUUCUGUUUCCUGGGCCAAACUAAGGGGGGAUCAAACUCCAAGUUGAGGUUCCUUCAUGGAAAAUGCUCUGCUGGCUACUAACUCAUUAGGCUUCCACUUCUUGUCUGGACUGCUAUGCUUGGAAGUCGCCUUUGAGACUUCCAUGGGGGUCUGCGUAGGCAAAAGUAUCGACCCGAACGGAUCCAACUACCAAAGAGCUCAAGUGCCUUCAUCGACCACAGGGGAAUGUACAGAAAUGAUAUUAAAUCUCCCCUGUGGGAUGGGUGUGCUGGGAAUCAGACCCCCAGUUUGGGGAGAUUAAGGUCAUCUAAGAUCCUUAGUUAUUUCCAGUGGUCUGUAGCUAAGGAAAUUGUCAAAGGUGAGUGAGCCAUUUCUGAUGCCACCUUUGCUGCUAUUAGCUAGAAUAUCAGUACUUUGCACGGACCCUCCCAGCUAGAAUAUCAGUACUUUGGAUCCAAGGUACUCGGUCCGUGCAAAGGACUCCCUGUGGUUUUGCACUGUUUCAUCCAAAGAGUGGAAACCCUAUGUGUGUAGGCUCCAAGGGGGUCUGAACUUCAUGAAACAAAUUUUCCAGACAACAAGCCUACCUCUCUCUCUCAGGUGUCACAUUAGCACUGGGGGUCUGGAGGCCUCAUGACACUGCAAAUAGAGUAGAGUGAAUCAUGGAUUUUCUGGCUUGGGGGCUGAACCAGAAAAUCCAAACCAAAAAACCUGUUCGAUUUGAACUGAAAAUGGUUUCUUUCCUUUUGUUGUUGAAUUGAAAAUAAUUCUUUUAUAAUAGGCAGAAACAUUAUGAGUCAACUCAAAACCUUUUUUUUUUUUUAGUUGAUUUGGCUAUUUCAGGUGUUUUUCCACGUGUUUUUGGUUUGUUUUGAAUUGGCCAAAUUUUGAAAUCAGAACACCUGUUUCAGAUUCAAAAAGUCUAAUCAAUUUUUUUCCAACCGAAACUAUUCAUCGAAUUUGACAGGGAUACAGGGCUUUUCUUCACAUAGCCAAUAAUCUUUCUCACCUGAGCAAUCAUACUGACAUCAACCACUCGGUUUUUUCCAACUUCCACAUUCUUGGAAGGCAAAAGUUGGGCACUCUGGAUGCCCACAAUCUCAACAUCAUCCGUAGCAAUAUGUAUUUGUCUGGUGAAAUUGGUGUCUGGGCUGGAUGGCAUGUAGUGAAUGAGAAGGGAAAUUCAUGGAUCAUCAAUGUUAAGGCCAGGAGAGCCCAUUGUGAUCAUGUAGUCUGACUUACUCUAUAACAAGCUAGAGAACCUCCCUGAAUGAACUGGACACUCCAAUGUAGGUUCUUCUUAGUUAUUGUCCAUAUAUAUAUUUUAUUGUUUGAUGCAUGAGCGUCCAGGGCACUCAAGCAGGACACUUCUAAUCAGCAGCACCUGCUGGGGCAGUGCAUUCACCCUCAGCACCCUCAUUACUGCAACCAAAGACAUGUAGGGCAGGGCUAUCCCAGAUGCCCCUCAACUCAGCUCUGAGUUGGUGUUUUCACACUUAGCCUCUUCAAGCACUGUGUGGCCUUCUUUUAUCUUGUCAAUACAUUGUAAGCAGACAGUAGUUAAGAUAAAGUUUUGGCGUUAAGUAUUUUUGGCUGGAAUUUGUCGUCGUUCAGAAACUUUCCUUUUCCGUUCCUGGGAUGGUAUUUGGUGCUAGAGCUGGGCGAAAAUUUUCGGAUGAAACCUUUUUUGUUUUUGUUUUUUCUCCUCUGAAAAAUGCAUAUUCAGGUUGACCGAAACAUUUUGGAGUUCAAUUCACCAAAUUGUUUCAGCCCUCCCCUGCACCCCAAAAAAUCCAAAAAAGAUGAAAUGUUUUGUUUUGGCUUUUUUUUUCUAAAUUAACUUUUUGACUUGAAAUGACUUUUCAGUUUGAAUUUUACUUCCUUUUUUACUAAAAAAGGUAAAGACCAAAGCAUUUAUUUUUGGGUUGAGCAAAAUAUUUUGUUCAGCCUGAAACUAAUUACUUUUCAAGUUUUUUGCAUUUUUCUGAAAAAUUGUCAUUUUGGGUUGAUGCCAAACCAUUCAUUUUCCCCCAUUUUUCAGUUCAGCAAACUGAACCAAACCAUCAGUUAUUCCCACAGCUUGGUUUGGUACUGCUGCAGGUGUCCUGACUGAGCACGACUUCCUCGCAUGUAACAACUCCCCAUCUCGUGAAGCAGUGCUGCUGUUAAAAGACAGCCACACACAAUGCCUACCCUCCCUGGGGGAAGGGCAUGUUGCUGACAGAUGUGCCAUUGGUAAAUUAUUUUCAAAGAGGAUGCAGCCAGCAAGGGAAUAUCUCCUCAAGAUGUUUCUCCUUGAGAAAUCCAAGUCCAAUUUCUGACCCUGGCUUACCUGACGAUGAGACCAUUCAGAUGUUUCAACAAGAAGUGAGGCUGUUGCGUUUGCAGGCUGGUGAUUUGAUUCUGGUGACAGAGGUAGGAAAAUGUGUAAGGUCCAUUGUUUUCAAUGAAUCGCUUAUGUAUGAUUAUGUUCUACUCCACUGAAAAGGGCUACCGCAGCUCCUCCAGGAACUAAAAACUCGCUGGUGAUUAAAGCCAGCCAGACAGGUUGUAACCCCGCACACAACGUUCUCCCUCCCAGGGGAGGCUCACAAGUACUGAUUCAAAUAGAUUCUCCAGAGACCAGCAGACAAAGAAAGGGCUUCUGGAUAAACAGCCUGAGUUUAAACAGACUUAGGGCCUUCUUCCUGCUCCAGCAAACAGACAGGACCUUCUGUCCAAGGCAGACCCCAAUCCUUGCAGAAGGGUUGGAAGGACUUGACCUGCUAGGGCCCCAUAAGACCGAUGGGUAACCUCCAGUAAGCUUUUAGUGUGCGUGUAGGUUCUUGUAUUGUUUUGAUAUUUUCUCUGUAAUGCUUUCACCUUAAGAAUAAAUGUUCUUGCUC